AUGGCAAAAUCCUACAACUCCAAAACCCAAACCUACACAUCACCAAGGCCACAAAACUAUCACCUCCCAACAAACCAAAACCUCUCCCUAACCUCAUUUCUCUUCCAGUCCACCCUCUCAUCACCCAACUCCAUCGCCCUCAUCGACACCGAUUCCAACCAGUCCUUAACAUUUCACCAACUCAAAAUCCAAGUCUCCACUCUUGCUCACUCCUUGCAUUUCAAACUCAACGUUUCCAAAAACGACGUUGUCCUUAUCAUUUCCCCAAACUCUAUUCAUUUCCCUGUUUGCUUCCUUUCCAUUGUCUCUCUCGGUGCUAUUGCCUCCGCUUGUAACCCUGCCUACACAGUGACUGAAAUCUCUAAACAAGUCAAUGACUGUAAACCGAAGCUCAUAAUUACCGUGCCUGAAAUUUUAGACAAAGUUAAUCACUUCAAUUUGCCACUAAUCCUCUUAAAAGAAUCUGCAAAAGUUGAUUCCAAGAUUUGGUUUUAUUCAGAUUUACUAAAAUCUUCAAAUCAUGAUCAAGUGUUAAAUUUACCUGCGGAGGGGAGGAAUGUGAACCAAAACGAUGUAGCAGCGCUUCUAUACUCCUCCGGCACAACGGGAGGGAGUAAGGGAGUAAUGCUGACUCAUAAGAAUUUUAUUUCCAAUAGUUUGAUGAUAACCGAUGAUCAAGAUCGGUAUAACGAACCGAAGAACGUGUUCUUGUGUUUUUUACCGAUGUUUCAUAUAUUUGGACUUGGGGUGAUUACUUAUUCGCAGCUUAGGAGAGGGAAUUGUGUUGUAUCAAUGAAAAAGUUUGAGUUUGAGAAGAUGUUGAGGUGUGUAGAGAGGUUUAAGGUUACACAUAUAUGGCUUGUGCCGGCGGUGAUGAUUGCUUUGGCGAAAGGAAGCGGUUUGAAGAGGUUUGAUUUGUCGUCAUUGAAGCAGAUUGGAUCGGGGGCUGCGCCAUUGGGGAAGGAUGUGAUGGAGGAGUGUGCUAGGAAUCUGCCUCAUGUUGAGAUCAUGCAGGGAUAUGGGAUGACGGAAACUUGUGGGAUGAUUUCAAUGGAGAAUCCAAAGGAAGGGACUCGCCUUUCUGGUUCGACUGGAAAACUUGUUCCAGGAAUUGAAUCCCAAAUUGUAGCAGUGGACACAUCGAAGCCUCUUCCUCCAAAUCAACAAGGAGAAAUAUUGCUUCGAGGACCCAAUAUCAUGCAAGGUUAUCAUAACAAUCCACAAGCUACAAAACUAACUAUAGAUGAACAAGGUUGGUUGCACACUGGAGAUCUUGGAUAUUUUGAUGAAGAAGGACAGUUAUUUGUCGUGGACCGAAUAAAAGAGCUCAUCAAGUGCUAUGGUUUUCAGGUGGCGCCAGCAGAACUUGAAGGAUUACUGCUUUCUCAUCCUGAGAUAUUAGAGGCUGUUGUCAUUCCAUUGCUUGAUGCUAAAGCUGGUGAGGUCCCGAUUGCAUAUGUUGUUCGCUCAACCAACAGCUCACUUACUGAGGAAGAUGUUCAGAAAUUUGUAGCGCAACAAGUUGCACCCUUCAAAAGAUUACGGAGAGUAACAUUUACAAACAGUAUCCCUAAGUCCGCUUCUGGAAAGAUUUUAAGAAGGAAACUGAUUGAAAAUGCUCGAUCCAAGAUGUAA